AAGCAGGACUACUGUGAGAGAGAUGGGAGAGGAAUCAUGAGUGGGAGGUGAAAAUUGAGUCCACAUCUGGGAUAACAAAAAUGUGAGUCCCAGUUCUAGAGUGGAGCCAGACCAGGGCAGUGCUCUUGAGAACAGGGCCACUUCUGGAAGGACUCUCUCUGCAGUUGACUUGAAGUAUAGGUGUGCUUAAUGAGGUCAGCAUCUUGUCUUCUUGUGGUCCCCUGUUUCUAUCAGCUGCUGUCCUGGGACCUGAAGAAGCCAAAAAUCAGACUGGUGCAGUAGCUGUCUCUUAAUUGUUUAGGUAACAGUACCAUAGACUGGGUGGCUUAUGAACAACAGAAAUUUAUUUCUCAUGGUUCUGGAGGCUGGGAAGUCCAAGAUUAAGGUGCUGGCAGAUUUGGUGUCUGCUAAGGGCCAACUUCCUGGUUCAUCGACAGCCCUCACAUGGCAGAAGGGACAUGGGAGCUCUCUGGGGGCCUGUUUUUAUAAGGGCGCUAAUCCCAUUCCACCCAUGAGAGUGGAACCCUCCUGACCUAAUCACUUCCUGAAGGCCCCACCUCCAGAUGCCCUGACACUGGGGAUUAGGUGUCACUGUAUGAAUUUGGGGGCACACAAACAUUCAGUCUAUAGCACUGUCCUACAACACCCCUUCCACUGUGGACUUUAUUGGUGGUUAGGCACAGGCUGGGGAGGAGUGGGUCAAAGCAUAAACUCUGGUUCAUCACUUCAUCUUUCUUUUGGUAGAGUUUCCAGGUUGUUGUUUUGUCUGAAUUCUAACACAUAAACUUUCUUACAGUGUCAUUUGCUGUGUGGAAUUACUUACCAUCAUUGUUUUUACAGGUCAUCAGGGUGAGUGCAGAGUGCCCUGUCAGUAGGUAGAGAGAACCCACUCCCCAUAAAUGGAGCUGCUGAACACAAAACUAUACAAUAGGUUUUAUUAAGCGACUACUAUAUCUGCAAACAGCAAUAGUUCUCAAACUUAUCAUGUGACAAAACUCAUCUGGAGAGUGUGUUAAAAUGGAUUGCUGGGCUCUACUACGAGUGUUUCUAAAUCAGUAUGUUUAGGCUGAAACCCAAGAAUUUGCAUUUCUAACAAGUUCCCAGGUGAUGCUGCUGUCCAGGACCAACUACACUUUGAGAACCAUUGGCUGACAGGGACCUUGCAAAGUAAAUUCUGUGACCUCAAAGUGGGGUGUCUACAGAGAUAAAUAGGGCAUGGGGACCAGAGAUUUUACAAAAUCACUGUUAUGUCUACACCUAGCACUUAUACUCAGAGACUUUACCAAGUAGCUAACUACUAUAACUUCUUUUUACCAGUGUUUUAUAGUAAACGCAGGCCUCAGUCUUCAAAUUAGUAUUUUGAGCACAAGAAUGAGGACCCCAGACACAAUCACCUGAAAGCUAGUGGCCCUCACAGUUGCAGGGUGCCUUGUGGGUUACAGAGGAGUUUCUCUUCAUAGGAUUUUCCAGGUGGUGAGGACAUUGUCUCCGAGCAGUUGUGACCUGUGCACCAUCACCCGUUGACUAGGGAUGCUAAUACUAGCAUUCAGAGCUUCUGACAUCAGGUCUAGGACUUCACUUGGCUUUCACAUCACAGUAAGAAGUUGUGCAGUUAACACAGGCAACAGAAUUGUAUGAGGUGAACCCAGAGAUCCAUGUUUCUGAGGGUGUCGGCAGGUUCAGCCUGGCAGUCACAAAGGCACUGAAAGACACAAGUAAUGGCAAGUAAUGAUGCUUUGGGGCAGUUUAAAAAGUACUUUCCAUGUGUUAUCACCCCCCCCACACACACACACACCACCGCUGCCGCCACCACCAGUGAAGCGCACACCCGCCUACUCCUGAUGUGAGAGACCUAGAAGCCCAGCAGGGUGUCUGGAGCAUGGCGUGCCACUUUGUCACGCUUCUGCCUCAAAAGUGGUGGUGGCUUCCUCCUCUGCCUCAUACACACUACGUUCCCUGGGGCAGCCAGCAGCAAACCCAGUGGCUGGAGACAGAGAGCCCUUGGGUGGAGGCGCUGCAAGCUCUGUUCAGGAAGCAUGGGGACCUGGCUGCCCACACGCCCCUCCCUUCCCUCCUUGGCAUCCCAGGGUCUGAGGUGGGUGUGGCCAGGCCGGCUUUAGGACCUGGCGGUGACUAGAGAGCGGCUGUACACUGCUAUGAGCGGCAGUCUGGACCGAAGUGGCAAGAUCUGAGCAUGCAUCCCUAGCUGCAGUGGGCUGAACAGGGGAUGGGCCGCCCGGGCUGGCUGCUGCUGUGGCUCGGAGCCGCAGGCACAAUUUUCUGCUCCAGCUCAGGAUCCCAGGCGCCUUUUCUGCCAUCUUCGCUUCUGCCGCCGCCAGCUCCAAGGCCCCGGGUCCCGAAUGUCACCGCCCUGCUUAGCGGCUUGGAGCCAGCCUCUCCCCUAAUUCCCCGAGGCACCCAGGGGCCCUGGAGGUUCUCCACCUGCGGGGCCAGUGGUCCGCGCGGGCCCACACAAACACAGUGCGACGGGGCGUACGCUGGCAGCAGCGUGGUGGUGACAGUGGGGGCCGCCGGGCCUUUGAGAGGAGUGCAGUUGUGGCGGUCGCCCGGCCCCGGCCAGUACCUGAUCUCCGCCUACGGCGCCGCGGGCGGCAAAGGCGCCAAGAACCACCUGUCGCGGGCGCAUGGCGUCUUCAUCUCUGCCAUCUGCUCCCUUCGUGGUGGGGAGCCGCUUUACAUCCUCGUGGGGCAGCAGGGAGAGGACGCCUGUCCGGGAGGGAGCCCGGAGAGUCAGCUCGUCUGCCUAGGAGAGUCUCAGGCCGCUGAGGAGCACGCGGCGACCGAUGGGACCGAAGGUGUCCCAGGGUCGCGGCGCUGGGCAGGAGGCGGCGGGGGUGGCGGGGGCGCCACCUACGUCUUUCGGCUGCGCGCCGGCGAGCUGGAGCCGCUGCUGGUGGCGGCCGGAGGAGGCGGUCGGGCCUACCUGAGGCGGCGGGACCGAGGCCGGGCUCAAGCCGCCUCUGAGAAACUGGAGGACCGCUCGGCGGCGCUCGGGAGCAGCGGGAGGAGCGGGGCGGCAGGUGGAGGGGGCGGCUGGACGUCGCGGGCCCCCUCUCCGCAGGCCGGCCGCUCCCUGCAGGAGGGGGCGGAGGGCGGCAGGGGCUGCGCAGAGGCCUGGGCUACGCUGGGUUGGGCCGCAGCCGGAGGCUUCGGGGGCGGCGGCGGGGCCUGCACUGCGGGCGGAGGCGGCGGCGGCUACCGGGGGGGUGAUGCCUCAGAGACUGACAUCCUCUGGGCUGAUGGGGAAGAUGGAGUGUCCUACAUACACCCCACCAAUGAGCUCUACCUGCAACCUCUGGCAGUCACAGAGAGCCAUGGUGAGGUGGAGAUCCGCCAGCACUUCAACUGCAGUCACUGCCUUCUCACUGACUGCCAGUGGCAGGCGGAGGUCUGGUGGGCCGAAUGCAUGUGCCCAGAGGGCAUGGAGCUGGCUGCAGAUAACAUCACCUGCAUGGACCUGCCCACCCCCCCAGGCCCUCUGGUUCUGAUGGUGGCUGUGGUGGUGACCUUGACAUUGAGUUUCCUUAUGGUGUGUGGGAUCCUGAUUCUGGUGAACCAUCAGAAGUGGCAGGGCCUGUGGAGGACAAGGCUGCCAGGCCCUGAGCUCGUCGAGCUGAGCAAGCUUCGAACCUCCACCAUCAAGACAGCCCCAAACCCCUACUACUGCCAGGUGGGGCUUGGCCCGGUCCAGUCCUGGCUUCUGCCCCCAGGGCUUACCGAGGUUUCCCCAGCCAAUGUCACUCUGAUCAAAGCCCUGGGCCAUGGUGCCUUUGGAGAAGUCUAUGAGGGACUGGUAAUCGGCCUUCCUGGGGACCCCAGCCCCCUGCAGGUGGCUAUCAAGACCCUGCCAGAACUUUGCUCUCGUCAGGAUGAGCUGGAUUUCCUCAUGGAGGCACUCAUCAUCAGCAAGUUCAGCCAUCAGAACAUUGUGCGCUGUGUGGGGCUCAGCCUCCGGGCUGCCCCUCGCUUAAUUCUGCUGGAGCUGAUGUCUGGAGGGGACAUUAAGAGUUUCCUGAGGCACAGCCGGCCGCACCUGGGCCAGCCAUCACCUCUGGCCAUGCAGGACCUGCUCCAGCUGGCCCAGGACAUAGCCCAGGGCUGCCACUACCUGGAGGAAAAUCACUUCAUCCACAGGGACAUUGCUGCCCGGAAUUGCCUACUGAGCUGCACGGGGCCUAGUCGAGUGGCCAAGAUUGGGGACUUUGGGAUGGCAAGAGACAUCUAUAGAGCCAGUUAUUACCGCAAGGGGGGCCGGGCUCUGCUGCCAGUCAAGUGGAUGCCCCCAGAGGCCUUCCUGGAAGGCAUCUUCACAUCCAAGACAGACUCCUGGUCUUUUGGGGUGCUGCUCUGGGAGAUCUUCUCACUGGGCUACAUGCCCUACCCUGGGCGCACCAACCAGGAGGUGCUGGACUUUGUCGUUGGAGGGGGACGGAUGGACCCUCCCAGGGGCUGUCCAGGGCCUGUGUACCGUAUCAUGACCCAGUGUUGGCAGCACCAGCCUGAGCUGCGGCCCAGUUUUGCCAGCAUCUUGGAGCGCCUUCAGUACUGCACUCAGGACCCUGAUGUGCUGAAUUUACCCCUGCCAAUGGAGCUGGGGCCCACUCUGGAGGAAGAAGGAGCUUCUGGGCUGGGGAGCAGGUCUUUGGAGGGCCUAAGAUCCCCACAGGCCCAGGAGCUGAGUCUGGAGAGCUUGAAGAGCUGGGAAGGGAGCCUUCUUGGCCCCUGGCUGCCCUCUGGCCUCAAGCCCCACAAAACCAGGGGCCUCCAACUUCAGAACCUUUGGAAUCCCACCUAUGGCACCUGGGCCCCAAGGGGCCCUGAGGGUGAGGACUCAGGCAUUGAUGGGAGCAACAGCUCCUCCCUGCACUCCUCCUCAGGCUUCUAGGUGGCUUGUUCUUCCAGUAGCCUCUGUCCCCUGCAGUCUGUGCUGCGUGUCUGGGCCUGUCUCAGGACUUUCCAUCCUGGUAACCAGCCCCAGGCCACCCCAGCCUUUGAUCUUUGUGACUAGAGGCCACCUGCCCCCCCCCCCCCAGGUUUUGGGUGGGGCGUUGAAAUUGCCUCCUGCAGGAAGCCUUCUCUGGAUUGCCCUUUCCCCAUGAGCGUCCUUCACCUGGGCAGCCCCCAACCCUACAGAUGCCUUUAAUAAAGAGCUCUUCUCAUCUUCUCCAGUGGUCUGAGUGGACAUGAGGGAUGCAAGGGAACUAAGAAAGACAGGAUCUUGGGGCUGGCCCUGGUGGCCUAGUGGUUAAGUUCACCGUGCUCCACUUGGGUGGUCUGGGGUCGGUUCCCCAGCAUGGGUCAGAGGCCAUGCUGUGGUGGUAGCUCACAUACAGAAUAGAGGAAGAUUGGCAACAAUUGUUAGCUCAGGGUGAAUCUUCCUCAGCAAAAAAGAGGAAGAUUGGCAACAGAUGUUAGCUCAGGGCAACUCUUCCUCAGAAAAAAAAAAAG